AUCAAUAUUGUUUCGAUUUUUCAUUGUCAUUUUCGUUUCGCCUAGUUUGCACAAAUAAAUUAACAAAAAACUUAUUAAUUAUAUUUAUUGUGCUAUUUAUUUACAGGGAACAUGCACAUAUAAUUGCUUUUGUCAUUAUUCACUCAGUGUAAUUUACAAAACGUAUAGAUAAGGUUAUAAACAUGAGUACUCAAAGUUUAAAUACAAGAAGAAAAUCGUUGCAAGGUGAUAUUCAAGACCCUUCUGUAUCAUCCACGGUCCCAAUGCCUCGCUACCUACCCAGACCAGAACCUCUCCUACUACGAAACCUCCGAAUUCCCUGUGAAGCACCCUUCAUCCAUCCUAAUCCAAAUUUAUCUGCCAAUACAGGUUCCACUAGUUUAUCUACUUCAAGGUCAUUGUUUUUUGUGGUGUUGAUAUUCUUAACAUCACUGCUUGCAUUAGGACUUCUAUACAGACAGUUUCCUGAUUUGGAAGAACAUGAAGCAAAAUUUAUAAAAUUGCCCUGGAACCUAGAAGAAGCUAAGCAAUUAGGUCUAGUCUUAGACAGAUAUAAAGAAAAAUACUUUUAUGAAGUUUUAUCAGGGGUAUUUUUAGUCUACAUAUUUUUGCAAACAUUUGCAAUCCCGGGAUCUAUUUUCCUCAGUAUUCUUUCAGGGUUUUUAUUUCCAUUUUACCUAGCACUUCUGCUAGUAUGCUGUUGCUCAGCCGUGGGGGCGAGCCUGUGCUUCUUCCUGUCCAACUUACUUGGCAAGAAAGUCAUCAAGAAGUUUUUCCCGGAGAAGGCUGCAACAUGGGCUAAAGCUGUUGAUAAACACAGAAACAAUCUGUUGAACUACAUCAUAUUCCUGAGGGUGACACCGUUAUUGCCAAACUGGUUUAUCAAUAUGUCGGCACCAGUUAUUGGUGUGCCUCUAGUGCCAUUUGCUCUGGGAACUUUUAUUGGUGUGGCUCCACCGUCAUUUGUGGCCAUCCAGGCGGGUCAGACCCUGCACACGCUCACCUCCACCAGCGACGCCUGGUCCUGGAUGUCUAUCACUGUCCUCACAUUGUUUGCUUUGCUGUCAUUAAUACCAGUAUUACUGAAGAAUAGAUUUAAAGACAAGUUUGACUAGACAAUUAACAAUUUGUGGGUUUUUAAUUAAUUUAUUACAUUUUAUAGGAUUUAUAUAAUGUAUUUGAGUGUUGUGUUAGUAAAUGUAUGUACAUUCCA